AUGACACUACCGACGAGUUCCGAACAGUCUCGCGUAGCAGAAGCCUCUUGUACAUCGCCUCCAAAUGAGUAUGUCAAUCCAGUGUAUUCAAAUCCAUUCUCUCAGCUCACAUCUCAACAGCAACAGCAACAGCUGUUUCUUACCCAACUUCUACUUUCCGGAGUCACUUGUCCACCAUUAAAUCCGUUAGCAAAUGCUUUACAGUAUCUCCUACAUAAUAGUGCGCUGUAUCUGCAGCAGCAGCAGCAGCAACAGCAGCAAACUUUUCCUUCCUGUCUAAUUCCGCCAGUAUUAAUCGAUAGUCAUAAACCAAACGAAUCAAGUCUACCUGUAAAUUUAAAACAUAAACGUGAUUCAUCUGUGCCCGUGCCGAUUGAUUGCAGCCUAUCCGAUACGAAUGGAAAAUCAGUACCAGAUGAUGAUGAUAAUUCACCGACGAUCGCUACAACACUUGCAACAUUACAUUCGCAAACUAAUGAACCGACGACUGUGGAUGGAAUCAAUCUAGAUGAAAUUAAACAAUUUGCUAAAGCAUUCAAACUACGUCGUUUAGCCUUAGGUUUGACUCAGACUCAAGUUGGCCAAGCUUUGAGUGUCACACGUGGACCAGCGUAUAGUCAGUCAGCUAUAUGUCGGUUCGAAAAGCUCGAUAUAACGCCGAAAAGUGCAUCAAAAAUCAAACCAGUUCUCGAGAAAUGGAUGCGAGACGCAGAAUUGAAAUACGCUGAUAGAUUAAAGAAUGGACCAACGAAUCUACACGAUCUCGUCACUGAUCUAAAUACAAAGAAGCGCAAGCGGCGAACAUCAUUCACUCCUCAAGCAUUGGAGAAACUCAAUGAUGCAUUUGAACUGAAUACCCACCCAUCCGGUAUCGAUAUGUCAUCGCUUGCUCAAGAAUUAAAUUACGAUCGCGAAGUAAUACGCGUUUGGUUUUGUAAUAAACGUCAGGCAUUGAAGAAUUCCGUAAAAAAAUUCAAAUCAAAUCAGAUAAAUGAAGAUAAUGAAUCGACAUCUAGUUUGCUAUUGGAGAAUCAUUCAAGUACUGAACAAGAUGAAAUUUGA